AUGACAAACAAUAAUCAUCUUGAUAAAAAUAAACAUAAAGAAGAGAAUGAUCAAGAAGAAUCAUUGAAUAUUGUUAAUGUUCAUGAUCCAUUCUUUUUAUGGGGUUUACUUCAACAUUCUGAUCAAUCAUUAAUUCAAGCAAAUAAAACAUUAUCAGAUGCUGAUCGAAGUUGUUUAUAUUGGUCAUGCCAUUAUCAUAAACGUUCAAAAGUUUGUGAAUAUCUGUUAGAAAAUUGUGAAUUAAUUCGUACAGCUCGUGAUGCUAUUGAACAAUUAUCUACUAUGACACAAGAAGGUGACAAGAACACACCUGAUUUAAAAGAAAUAUCUGUACCAUUUAUAUUACCAACAUCACCAGAUUUUAUUGUUAAAGAAUUACGUGAUGGUUCGUUUAUAUCAUCAAAAGGAAAACCAUUACAAUUUAAGGUUGUUGAUGAAAAAGGAAAUACAAAAAUAUGUAUGUAUAAACAUGGUGAUGAAUUAUUGCAAGAUGCUUUAUGUAUUGCUGUUAUGAAAGAAAUGAAUAAGAUAUUUGAAGAAGAAAAUAUCGAUGCAGAAGUUGUUUUUUAUGAAGUUGUUCCCGUUGAUAAAGAAGAAGGUCUUAUUGAAUUUGUUGAAAAUGCACAUCCACUUCUAGAAUUUAAAGCUGAUGAUGAAAAUGAAAAAUCAAAAUCAAGCGAUGCAUUAAAAAAAUUUAUUGAAACUAAACCAGAAGGAAAACAAAAUUUAUUUCGAUCAUUUCUUGGUUUUGUCGUGUCUGGUAUUGUUCUACAAUUAGCUGAUCGACAUGAUGAUAAUAUCAUGAUAACUGAUGAUGGUAAAAUUUUACAUAUUGAUUUCGGUUGUGCAUUCGGUCAAAAAACUAAACUCGAACAGUUACUUAGUUUUUUUAUGGAUAUACCAAAUUCUCCAUUUAGUGAAGAUGUUUUCAUUGCUAUCAUUGGUCGUGAAGAUAAUGAUGAAGUAAUAACAAAAUUAUGGGAAUCAAUUAAAGAUCGAACAUGGUUAUGUUUUAAUGCUUUACGUAAACAUAAAAAUCGGUUCAAACCAGUAGGUGAAAAACACUAUGAACAUUUUCAUGAAAGAUUAAUGAUUGCACGCAAUGAUUCUGAAGCUCAACAAGCAUUAGAUGUUGAAUUAGAAAAAUGUUAUAAUAAUCGAUUUAAUGCUGCAAGAGCAUUUUAUUACAAGAUUCAACAAAAUAUUGUUAGUUAG